AAAUAAUUAAAAGUAAAUACAAUUUUUUUAAAAGGUAAAUAAAAUGUAAAAUGGAGUUCCUCAGUUGCACUAGCCACAUUUCAAAGGCACAACAAACAGCUAACGUGCCUUGUGGCUACCGUAUUGGACAGCAGAGCUACAGAGCCAUUUCCACCAUCAAAGAAAAAACCCUGUUCGUAGCAAAGUGAUCUUACACAAGUUAGUUUAAUACCUGUGAACCUCAACAUCCUUGUCUGUAAAAUGUCUAUAACAUCACGUAAAUUUAAAGACUGUUAUUACAAUUUUAAUGAGAUAAUAUAUAAAAAUGCACAGUAUAUAGGGCUUAGUACACAUUAGAUAUUCAAGAAAGAGUAGUUAUUAAUACAAUCCUACAUUAGACUUUAGCCAAUGAUGGCAACGCUGGACAAGUCACUUUCCCCCAAGCCUCCUUCUCCUAAACUGAAAAGUUUAAGAAAUUCUUCUAGCUAACGUCUAAGGAUACUAUCAAAUCCUACCACGUUAAAUGAAGUGUUAAGCAAAAGGGGCACAAUCUCUUACUGAAUAAAUUACUACCCUAGGCUCCUAUAGCCUCCUAGCCAAUCCCAAGCAUUCUUCCAAAAACCCCACAAUACUGGCUCUCCAACAGUCCACAGUCUGAUGCCGGCUAUUUAUAAAGUCUGUCUUAAAAGGUUACGGGAAUAUCCUUCUGAAAUUGUAUAUACUGUAAUUAGAAACUACAACCCCUAUUCCAUGAUGGUGUCUUGCACUUUCCACAUCUCUUUUAAAUGAACACUAUCUUUACAGGUAAGUUUUUCUUUCUUAGUAUUUAAACCAGAACACUUUAAAAGCACAUAUGAGUUUAAAGAGAACUUUUUAAUGAUUUUUUUUAACCAGCUAUGCCUCAUUCUUACCCAGUUUGUGGGUGACCCUCGAGUGUCUGAACAAAGUGAGUACUACACCUUCAUGGGUGAGAUCCCCUUGCAGGGCCUUCAGAAACAUGCCCCAAGACUUUACUCUGGUUAACAGCUGCUCCCUGGGAACCAGGAAAUUGACUGAACGCUAGGUCUACAAAGCCUGCCUCCAAUGAGGGGGAACCAAGGGCCCCCACACAAGGCACAAAACCAGGGCCACUGGCUGCCUUGGGGUAUAGGCCUCUUCCCUGGCCUGUUCAGGACCCCAGGGUCAUAGCUUUAAUUUGAAGAGUGGAAGAGCAACUCAGACAGUAGAGAUCAGAACAGAGCAGUGCAUUUUUGCCCAAGGCCUGCAGCCUCCAAAAAAAAAAAAAAAAGUGUUAUUCCAGAGCAGAUUCCUUUUCUUCCGGGUCUGUCUGCUCCCUCUGACUCUUUGCCCACAACCGAGGUGCCUCCCCUUUCCCAAUGCCCCACCUCUCUCCACUUUUCAAAAAAAAAGGGGGGGUCUUAUUCCUCUCCCUUAGUUUUCCCUAGCAGGGCCUGGAAACUGGAGGAAAUUCAAAUCAAAUUAGCCGCACUUUAAAAAAUAAACGGACAAGCAAAUCAAAGGGUGCCCACCCAACAAAAGAUCUCUCCCGUUCCAAAAUAUGAUUAAGCUUGGGUGUGAGAAGGGGAGGGAGACUAGAAACCGACAGGGAUGGAGAGAUAAACGUGUGGAUUUGGGGCCUCAGCGUCGGCCAAAUUCCAAUUUUUUUUUCAAGGAAAUGCUAGGCUGAAGAGAAAAUAAAGAGUUGUAACUUUUAAGGAAGUCAGCAAACGGCAAUGUCUGGAUAAUAUGUCACUGCUUCCCUUCGUCUGGAAAUGGCAGGGUGGGAGCUGGGAUUCGAAAAGCUCCAACUCCAAUCGCGCACUCCUGGAAGCCUCCCCGCCAACGGCGCCGCCAGGCGGCCCAGCCCCGUCUCCCGGGACACCCGGCCCUGGUGCUUGGGCUCCCACGGGGCGCCCGGACCCGGACCUUUGGGAAAGUUCGCGGGCAGAGCCCGAGGCCCCACUUUCCUGCCAGGGUGACAGGCCCUUCCCACGCCGGCCGGCCCCCGCCCCGCCGCGGGCACCAGACGGUACGCGCGGCCCCUCCCGGCCGCCUCCGGGAGCGGAUUCCGCCGCCCGCCCCACCCCCGGCCCGGGCGCCCCUCGGGGUGACCAACUGACCGGAGCUACGCUGGCCCACACACCCGGUCGCCCGCUCCUUCCCGCCGCGCCCCGCUCCCCCGCCCGAUCUUCCAGCCGCUGGGCUCGCCGAGUCCAGCCGGGGCCGCCGGUUACCGCCCCCAGCCCGGGGGGGAGCCCGGGGGGCAGGACGGAGAGGGAGGACGUGGCGCGCACGGAGGUGGCCAGCGGCAAGGCGGGGAGUGUCCUGGAGAGGCCCGGCCGGGGGCAGGGGCCGGCACGGCUCCCGGGGCUGCGGGCCCGGACCCUCCCCGCGAGCAUCCCGGGGUCCGAGGUCCCGGCCCGCCCCCGCCCGGCGCGGAGAGGCGGCCCCAACUUCCAGCCCCACUUCGCACGCCCGCCCUCCUCCCUCCACCAUAUGGAAAUCUACAGCCUCCGAAAGUGA